CGCGGGGGGCGCCGGGGGGGGCGGGGUCAGGGGUCAGGGGGUCAGGGGGUCGGGGGGUCGGGGGGCCGGGACAGGGACCGGGCUGACCUCUGACCUCUGACCUGGCUGUCCUUGGCCCCGCCGGGAUCUCCCGGGGGGGGGGGGGCACCGGGAGUGACGUCAAUGCCCCGCCCUCGGCUGGGAGUGACAUCACCACCGGCUUCCAACCUGGCAGCACCGGGCUUCCCUGACAGGGCGUGACCUCACCACCGCGGCUGGGGCUGACGUGUGACGUCACCACCCUGCAGCAGCAGCGACCGGGCGUGACAUCACUGGUGACCUCACUGACCAGGUGUGACAUCACCACGGACCCCCCUGACUGGGUGUGACAACACUGGUGACCCCACCAACGGGGUGUGACGUUGCCACUGACCUCACCGGCCGGGCGUGACAUCGCCAGUGACCUCGCUGACCAGGAGUGACAUCACCACUGACCUCACCGGCCGGGCGUGACAUCGCCAGUGACCUCACCGACCAGGAGUGACAUCACCACUGACCUCGCCGGCCAGGCGUGACCUCACCAGGAGCCAUGUGGCGCAGCAGCGGGGUCGUGGGGCGGGCUCUGGCUGCCUCGUGCCGGCCCCGCCCCCCCGCCCGGCCCUGCCCGCGCCCCCCACCCCCCCCCGGCCCGGAGCCCCCCCGGGACCUGGCGCUGCCCAACGGCGGCUGGAGCGGCGCCAUGAGGCGGCAGUACCGGCGCCUGCUCGACAUGGCCGCCACCGGGGCCUGGCGCCGCCUGCCCUCCUACCGCAGCGCCCGCCACCACCUGCGGGCCGGCCCCCCCCCCGGGGACGGGCACCGACCCCCCCCCCCGGCCCCCCCCGGCCCCGCUGCCGGCCCCGUGGAGGCGCCCGCGACGCCGAGGGACACGCGGCUCUUCCUGCGCGCCAUCGACGGCGACGGCGACGGCUUCGAGUACGCCAUGUUCCUCAACGCCGCCGAGCGCCGCCUGCUCUGCCUCUUCCAGCCCGGCCCCCACCUGGAGGGACACCCGGGCCUGACCCACGGCGGUGCCAUCGCCGCCAUCAUCGACAGCACGCUGGGCACCUGCGCCCUCGCCGUGGCCGGGAGGGUGAUGACGGCCAACCUCAGCAUCGACUACCUGGCCCCCGUCCCGCUGGGCGCCGUGCUGCUGCUGGACGGCCGCGCCGAGCGGCUGGAGGGCCGCAAGGUUUUCCUGUCCUGCCACGUGCGGAGCGCCGACGGGGACACGCUGCACGCCCGGGCCACCGGUCUCUUCAUCCGGCCGGACCCCGCCAAGCACCGGGCGCAGGAGGGGGAGGGCGGCCGGUAGCCGUCCCCGCUUCCCCGGGUGUCGUGUGUGUGUGUCCCGUGUCCCCCCCGUGUCCCCCCGGGUCAUCCCCCCCGGGUCCCCCCCG